AUGUCUCUCGACCCAGACUCCGUUCGUCACAACGCCGAACGUCUUGCCGAACUCGUCCAAGACCCCUCCACCCACGAGUACGCUGAAAGGAACAAUCGUCGUCUCGGUCUUCGCGGCGUCGGCGACCAGGCCUACGAGGAGACCCAAGAUGAGUUGGACGUCCAAGGGGCUCGAACCGUCGUCUUGGGCCAGGUCCCUCUGACCUUGCAAGCCGACGACGCCGUCCCCCAGGAUUUGAUCACCUCCUCUAUCUCCAGGGAACGCACCGGUGCGACCUUGCAAGGGAGCGAAUACCAUGACACCCCUCUCCAACCCCUCGACUACGCUUGGCUUAAGCGACAGAGCGAGGAGAAACGCACCGCCACCCUCCAGCGAUUGCUCCAUAAAAAACAUCGUCUCGUCAUAGGUCAAGACCUUUACUAUUUGCCCGACGACGAACGCUUGCAAUUUGGACUCAAGGAGACACGUCUCGACGCCGAAAUUCGCAUACCAUGCAACAUCGGCUUCGGAGCCAUCUUGCCCAGGCCCGAGAUGGUCCGACGCAGCGUCCUCUUCAAAGAGUGGUCCUUGACCGUGGCAUUCGACGGCCAAGGCUUCGCAUUUCGAGGGUCUCGCCAAGCUUUCCCUUUUGAUCCUGCCGGUCGUAUGUUGCUCAUCGGCCACACCGGCGCAGGCGCUCAAGUCUACAUGACCUGGAUGCCAAAGGAUGCCAUGCUCCCCGACGCCCCUCGUCCGUCCCAGUACACCACUCGGCCCACCACCAUGCGUUCUGACCUCGCCCGCGUCACAUGGGUCCUCGUCGCCUACUUUAUGUUCAAGUCUGGCUGCAACGCCACCUACCUCACCAACAGUUAUCCCAACAUCGGGCCCGACAACACCCUCUCAAGCGUCCUUAGCGUAUUGGAACAACGCAACCGAAAAGUUAUGCUCAACGUAGAGCAGCUCGCCAUGCUCAACCAGUCUAUAGUCUCUGGAUUCCAGGACUGGUUAGACGGCUGCCCACCGACAUACCUCGACAUCCCAGAGCUACGUGACGCCAUCCCAGCCGCAGUCUACGUCAAGUACGGACAAGACCAGGUCGUUUGCGACGGUGAAACGUUCGACGCCGACAAGCAAGCUUGGGCGGAACAGUACAACAUGGCUGAAAUACACAGCUUGGGCGUUGCAAUCACCUCCCAUGUCACCGCCGCCCUCGUCCUCUCUCGCGAACAAAUUGAUCCUGCCGACCUUCUCCGUGCCCACUCGAGAAUAUACGACACCCCCUAUCCCGGUAAUAGAACCCUCAUGACCACCGUCGAAGAUAUGAACGCCCUCGAUUCCAACGAAAACCUAAAGAACCUCUACGACGCCGACGGUUAUCCCAUAGCCAGGACCACCGUCGACUACGAUCCCGACAUGCCCUGCCUAGCCCUCCUCGCCGAUCUCAGAAAGACCACAGCAUUGCUCUUUCAAAGCCCAGAGCACUCCAUAUACCCGGACGAGGACGCAGAGCCUUCUUGGAAUCCCGGAGAGCGUCAAGAUUUCUACGUCGGCUGUACCCUCUACGCACAGGCUCUCACACAGACCUGGGGUCAGUGGCAAUCGCAUGGCGUCACCUAUGGCGUUCACAAAAUGGUCCAGCGAUUGAGCACCAAGAUGGCCAGGGUCCCGAACGGCGAGCCUGGGAUCCUCUCUCAGUCCUCACAAGGCUACAACACCGCCGUUCAUAACGCCCGCGAGAGCAAGAGCACCCACGUCGCUCAGCGCGGUUUAACCACCGGUGCUGCCGCCGGUCCCUGGGCCGUGACUCCCGCCGAAACCACCUCUGCACUGAAGCUCAAGAACCUGCUUGCCGAGUCCAUGCCCUGGUCCCGGCUCGACACCCAACUCUCCGGCAUCACCGAGACUUAUUUCCGGUUCGAGAACAAUCACGUCAUCAUCAUGCACAGACUGAAAGCAACAUGCACCGAUGGCGGUGUCUUUUAUGAGGAAAUGUUCUUCCCGCUCUCAGAGAUCAUUCUUCAUCCUAUCGUCUUUGAGCCUUUGAAGGACACCUUGGUCGCCAUGAAACCGAGGGAGUACGUCAACAUGUACAAGCACGUCACAGCACCCCUCCGGGCAUGGCAAGAGGCGAUCUGGCGAUGCAAAAUCAAACCGUACCUUGGUGUCCGCGGCGAGCGUCCUUCCCCUGUUUGGGUUGAAUGGAUCGCAAUCUUCGAUCGCUUGUUGAACUUUGCAUACACCGGCGCAGCAAAGGUUCUCACCCAUGGCGCCAUGUGGGACCUCUAUCUGUCGCAUUCUGUGGUAGAUCACGGAUUUCCUAUGCUCUCAAAGCUGCUCGCGAUCGUGGGCGGCGUGCCCACCUUUCGGCUCGAGGACUGGCCCGUCAAUAUGGAUACCGAGCAGCCCAAGACCGUCUCCCAGGCGUCGCAACAAUACACUUAUAGCGUUGGACACUUCUCUUACUUCCUGACAGACUUUCGUCUCGCCCUCGCCCCUUAUCACCCGGAGUGGUACCCGGACCGUAUCCGAAAAAUGCCUCCAGACCAGCGCUCUCUACACCUAUUGGGUGAGUUUAUAUACCUGUCCUUCGCCGACGACGUCAAGGACUUUGUCAAGACGGGUGUCGAGGCUGAGAUCAAGGACGCCCUCAACGACAACACCCAUCCCGAUCAUCAGGUAGCUCUCGACCGACGCAACAGUCUCAAACAGUGGCUCAGGCUCAAGCACUUUUGCGGAUGGGGGGACAGCGGAGGAAACUGGAUCCACCUCAUCCGCGCCUUGUCUUCCGAAGAAAGUGCCGUCGCGGCCGGUUUGCCCCCCUCUGGUCGGGAUUCCUACUCUCUCCAAAAGUACGCCGAGGAUCUCAUCAAGCAGGGUUCUACCACAACCCAGCCAUUCCGUGCACCCCUUCGGAAAAACAGUCCUCUCGGCCACGCUCUCCGCGUAUGCAUCAAUCACGCCAGGCAGCUACUGCAAUCCUCUUCCACCCAAGAUCAGAACGUCACCCUCCGCCUCAUCCUCGUCUCGACUCUCAGGUUUCACCACGUCAACUUCAUCCCCGACGUCCCUCCCUCUGCAACCCCCGGUGGACCUCUCCCUGCCAACAUCUCCAUCCAUGCAUGGACUCGACUCGGCUCCCCUCCCACUCCCAUCGAAAUGGCCACGUCCCGCGUUUGCACUCCGAGGGAGCAAACCGCUCUCAGGGUCCAAGCCUUGCACGACCAGGAGGUACUGGCCGACGUCAACACCGAUUGGUCUAUCAACGAAGUCACCCUGUUCGACCUCCACAAAUUCGUCAAUCGCCAGGCCCCUCCGAUCGAGUUCCAUAUGAGCAGUCAAUCCGCUCUCAAGGACGAGAUCAAGGAGGUCUACGACUGGGCCUACACCGAACUCACCAAUAAUUUCGGUCAUUGGUCCUGUCAACUCGCUUUCUUGCUCGCCUAUAUGCUCAGUCGCAUGCUCCCCAACGUCAACUGGACCAAGGGUUCCGCCUAUAACUUCGGCAGGCUCACGAUGACCUAUAUGAACAACACCUCUUUGGCCAAGACCAUGUUCCAACAGAUCCCCUGGGUAGCCGGGGAAAACUCCAACGGUAACCACGGCUUCACCGACAACAAGUCCUACUUCACCUGCGCAAUCAUCGUCAUCCUCUCUUACAUGCGUCGCGACUCCAUGUUCUACCAGUGCCUCGCAGCGGACAACAAAUUUCACGGAAAGUGGACCAGAAAACACGGUUCGUCCAACCGCUACCUCUCCACUCCACUUCGCCUCGUUUAUUCCCAUACCACAGCUCCCAAAGCGUUGGGCACCGUCAACUGGUACCGUAUUGGCCUGUGCAACACCGGCGGAAAUCGCUUCAACAACUCCGGCUCCGCGUGUUUCAACAAGGACUAUCAUGUUUUCGAGGAGGUGCAUCUACAACAGUACUAUAUGCGUCUUCGCGGCCACCUCUCCAACCUCCAAGUCGGCCCGUAUCUCUUCGCUCUCGAGGUCGUAGGAGCAGAGGGGUGUAAAGUCCUCACGGAUAAGGGUUUGAUGAAAAGCGAUUAUACAAUGUAUGUCGAACCCGUCGGUGACGCUAACAAGCUUAGAAAGUUCCCAAAUUCAUUGUAG